AUGACAAAGACGCAGAACAGAGCUCUGCCGAUUCUAGCUGCCAAGGUGACGCCGCCACGACCUCUGCUACCGGGCGAUACGCUUGAGUCGAAUUACUAUGUUUAUUUCUUCUCUGAUAUCAUCAACCAGCUGGAGAUCACGCCAUAUCUGAACAGGGAGUUCUGGAAUAGGAAUAUUCUCGUUCCGAGUCAGAGUAGCGAAUGCGUUCGACAUGCGGUGCUGGCUUUGGGGGCGACGCAUUGGCAGUAUUCAGCACGGAACGAAUCAUCGACGGCGUCGCUUGAUCGAUUCGUUUUAAAGCAUUAUAACGAGGCUAUAUCGAGACUUACAAGCAACCAAGAUUCACCGCCGGACAUGUCAACAGUCCUGACGUGUUGCAUAUUAUUCGUCAUUCUUGAAAGUCUCCGUGGGGACUUUGGCGAAGCAAUUCGACAUCUCGAGUCCGGAACUAGAAUCCUCACAAACUACGUCCCAAGAACAUAUCUUCCCAACCGCGAUUUCCAAGAACUAGCCUCAAUAUUCCAUGCAAUCGCCUCCCAAGUCGCCAUCUUCUCACCCGAGCGUGUUUUUCCCGACGUGACGCAUCUCUUGAUGCCUGCAGCAAAGGACCAAAAGCGAAUCGAGGGAGAAUUCAGAGAUCUUGAUGAAGCAGAAGAUGUCAUGAAUAGGUUUGACGACAUGGUGAAUCAUAUUUCCUGGGAUCUUGAUCAGGAAUGGGAGAACGAAGAGUCAGAGUGUAAUAUGCAGUGGUCGAUAUUACGAGAAAACGUACAAACCUGGCAAUGCCAGUUCGAAGUUUUGGUCAAGAAGUUAUCAGCUGGAAAAGAGCCCAUUGACAGCGAAAAGGUUUUGAAUUUAAGGAUACAGCAUAAGCUAUGGGAACUUCUCAUUGAAGAAGAAUCCUCCGUCGACGAAGACGCUGAAGCUCAUCUUGAUCCUGCCGAGUGCAACAUUCUGCUCGAUCAACUGGAGAAACUAUGGUGUAAUCCAUCCCGACCACGCUUCGGUCUCAAAAUCGACCUCACAGCAGCUUUAUUCCAACUCUACGUGUACUGCACGGACGAAAAUGUGCGACACAGGAUUAUCUUUAUGCUAAGAGCGCAGAGCAGGAGGGAGAUUAUAUGGGACAGUGGCCAAUUAGCGGAUUUUCUGGAAAACGACAUGGUGUUGCGAGCUGUUGGGCUACAAAGGGAUCGAUGGCCUGAGAUAGGACCCUCAGCUAAUGACGGAGCAUUGCUGGUGUUUCGCCCAAAGAGCUCAAGGGAAAGUUCCGAAUCUUGA